CUCUGGAGGAGGAGUCGACUGGCUGGCGAGACGCGUCUGCCAGUAAGCGGUUGUGGUCAGUGUCGCCCUUAAUCCACCCGUCCCGGUCUCGCCCUAGCGGAUCUGGAACUAAAGAGAGAAGCGGAGAUAGUAUCUAUAAGCCCCGUACUUCCAUCUCCUACCUUAGGUGGGCCUGAUAAAUCCCUUGCAGGUCUUUGUGUGAAAUAUCUGCAGGUAAAAAUGGCAACAAAUAAGCCUAAAAGUCAAAAUUCUUUGGCUCUGCAUAAAGUAAUUAUGGUAGGCAGUGGGGGAGUAGGAAAAUCUGCAUUGACUUUACAAUUCAUGUAUGAUGAGUUUGUAGAAGAUUAUGAACCUACCAAAGCCGAUAGCUACAGAAAAAGAGUGGUCCUUGAUGGAGAAGAAGUUCAGAUUGAUAUAUUGGAUACAGCUGGACAGGAAGAUUAUGCUGCAAUUCGUGAUAACUAUUUUAGAAGCGGAGAAGGUUUUCUCUGUGUAUUUUCAAUUACAGAGCUUGAAUCUUUUGCUGCUACAGCUGACUUCAGAGAGCAGAUUUUAAGAGUAAAGGAAGAUGACAAUGUGCCAUUUUUGCUUGUUGGCAACAAAUCUGAUUUAGAGGAUAGAAGACAGGUUUCUGUAGAAGAAGCAAAAACUAGAGCUGAUCAGUGGAAUGUUAACUAUGUGGAAACAUCUGCUAAAACACGAGCUAAUGUUGACAAGGUAUUUUUUGACUUAAUGAGAGAAAUCAGAGCAAGAAAAAUGGAAGACAGCAAAGAAAAGAAUGGAAAAAAGAAAAGGAAAAGUCUAGCCAAGAGGAUCAGAGAAAGAUGUUGCAUUUUAUAAUCAAAGUUUCAAACUCUUUUCCUAGUUCAACCACAAUAAAAUCCAUUAACAUAGAACAUGCUAUUUGGAGGCUGUUAUGGCAGAAAUCACUCUUAAUAAUUGGGGAAUUCUAAUAUACCACUUAAGAUAUGGUUUGGACACCACUGAAAAUCUUAAUUGAAAAAAAAAUAGUUUCAAGAAAAGCAGAAUUUAAUCCACGUAACUUGUUUUCUUUUGCCAUGGUUCUUCUGAAUGUAUACAUUUUUUUUCCUUCCAAGGCAGUUUCUUGAACUGAAUGAAAAAGCAUUACUGUUUUUCUUUAAAGCAUAUACUUUUAUAUCAGAUUUUUACUUUAUAUCUUACUGCCUUGAAAAUUAAGUGGUAAUGAAAACUAAACAAAGAUAGUAAAUAAUCUUUCUUUUUUGCUGUUAAAAUUAUGCAAAUUAGAGAAGAGCCUAUCUUCUCUGCUUCUAUUGGAAUCAUUUGUAUAUGGAGCUAGACUAAUGGUAUAAAUUUAGGACAAUAUUUGAAUAUGCCUUAAUUUAAAAGUAUAUCUUCCUUGCAACACACUACAUUUAUGUGUGCAUCAUUGUGAAAUAAUAUCUUGUAAUGCAGUUUUUGAGCAUUUUUACUAGCUAACAGUACAGUUGAUCAGAAAAAUGUGCCAUACUCUGGAUCUUGAAUUAUCCAGAAUACUGUGUUUCCUUGCUUUAGUGAAAAUUGCUUUAGUAAAAGUCAACUGAUACAUUGAAUUUAAAAAUGAAGUGGGUGCAGUGCAUUUCAAUUAGAAGUGUUUACUUGCUUCUUAAUUCAGAGAUACUGACAUUUACUUUUCUAAGUAUUUUAUGUUUGCCUAUUUGAGAAGAAUAUUUUCCUCGGGUAGGGUAGCACUAUGGAUUUCAAAAGCACAAAUAAGGUUCCAUUCUGAAAAAUAUGUAAGUUGUUAGAAUUUUUUUCUAGAUUUGAGAACAUUUACUAUAUGUUAUUUAAUGGAAACGUACUCUUCUGGUUUAUAUCAGUCAACUGACUUAUCUUCUUUUGCAAUAUCAAAAUACUGAUGAUAUGCUUCCAAAAUUGUCAUUAAAAUAUUAAAAACAGAUUGUCUUCAAUUCUUUAUUGUAAGGAAUAUUAUUACACUGUUAACAUGUGUAACUGAGCUAAAGAUAAAGCUCCAACUCAGAGACUUUUGGGAAUUUGGGGUUUCACUAUAAAAGAUGACUUCCAAAAUGCUUUUAAAAUAUAUCUGUGUAAGCCUACAUCUAACAAAAUAGGCAGCAUAUGUACAUAAUGUACUAACUAAUAGGCUUUAUUGAUGUUACUGUUUAGAGGUCAUUUGUUCAAGAAAUUUUGUUUGUACAUCCUGCAGUAGAUAUUAUGUGCAGAAUUAUUUCUUCAUGUGGCUGCUAGCAGCUUUGGUCCUCACUGUGUAUUUGUUUUCAGUCUGACUUAGCAAAGGAGUUCAACCACUAGCAUUCUAUUUGUGUAAUGGGAACCAAAGUGUUAUGAUGCCAAUGGACAUGUAUAAUAAUAAUUGUCACAGGCGGAUGCCUUACCAAACUUUAUUUGCUAUUUGAGCCAUUGAAUAAAGUUUUUUUUAAAGAAA